AUGGAUAGACCUGCUGGACAGGUGCUGAGGUGCUUCUUGAAGAUGGGAGGAACAGCGAGACUACACCUGCAGCCAUGCCCCCUCAUCCCUGGGGGAGGAGAGUUCUGCUACCACCUACCAAGCUGCAAUGAUGCUCAGUGGCCCACCCUCUUCCCCGACUACUGCGAUAAGAGCCGGCAGUCUCCUAUCGACAUCGUCAGCACGAGUGCUGUGGAGGAUUCCGGCCUGGGGGCAUUCACCCUCAGCGGCUACGAUGACACCACCGCCAUGUCCAAGAUCACGAACAGCAAAGGCAAAACAGUGAAGGUUGACCUCAACUCAGGUAAGGCCAGUAUGAGUGGCGGUGGCCUGUCUGAGAGCUAUGACGCGCUGCAGUUUCAUCUCCACUGGGGCAACGGGAGUGAGGUCGGAGGCUCGGAGCACACAGUGGACGGGAAGAGAUUUCCCAUGGAGCUGCAUAUCGUGCAUGUCAAGGGGUCACUGAAUUUGAAUACCACUCUGGCUGUGGCUGAUGGCACAGGACUGGCUGUUCUUGGCUUCUUCAUUGAGGUGGACUCAAGCACAACGGAUGAACCAGCAGGCUGGCUGAGUCUUGCCUCUCAACUUCAGAAGAUUACGCUUAAAGAUGAGUCUGUGAGCUUCUCCGGUAUCUCCUUGAACGAUCUCAUCACCGGGGUCGACCUGACGAAGUACUAUAGAUACCUGGGCUCUCUAACUACACCUGCCUGCAAUGAGGCGGUAGUUUGGACCGUAUUCAAGGAGCCUGUCAAAGUCAGCAAAAAUUUGAUUGACCUGUUCAGCAACUCGGUGCGCAUCGGGGACACCACCGCUUCCGAACUCAUGACUAACGUGUUCCGAAAUGUGCAAUCACUCAAUGGCAGACAAGUCUCUCAAAGUCCAACCUCAUCCCCAGUCAUCGAUGCCCCGGUAUGGCCAACAGUCUUUGCGGCCUACUGCAAUGGAAAUCGCCAGUCGCCCGUGGACAUUGUCAGCAACGACACUGUGCUAGAUUUGAAUCUGGAGAAGUUCACCUUUUCUGGCUUCGACAACACAGCAGCCAUGUCCAAAAUCAAGAACACUGGCAAAACAGUAAAGGUUGAGUUUAACAGUGGGUUGCUGAGUGUGAGUGGUGGUAACCUGUCUGAAACCUACGACACCUUGCAGUUCCAUAUUCAUUGGGGCAACACCAGCGCUGUUCCCGGGUCUGAGCACACCGUGGAUGGCAAGCAGUAUCCUAUGGAGUUGCACAUUGUGAAUGCCAAGAGUUCACUGGGUGGAAAUGUAACCAGCAUCGUGCAGGAUGGUACUGGCCUGGCCGCCCUAGGCUUUUUCAUUGAGGUGGAUUCAAACUCAACUGACGAGCCAGCUAGCUGGAAGACCCUUACGUCACAUCUGCCCACUAUCACCGAAAAGAAUUCCUACACAAAUAUCACGGGCAUCUCCAUGAAUGACCUCAUCAAUGGAGUCGACCUGACCAAGUACUUCAGAUAUCUGGGCUCUCUUACCACUCCUGACUGCAAUGAGGCGGUAGUUUGGACCGUUUUUGAAGAACCCAUCAAAGUCAGCAAAAAUCUGGUCGACCUCUUUAGCACGACUGUGCUGAUUGACAAAUCCGGCUCACCAUUGGCGGUCAACACCUUCCGCCCCGUGCAGGCUCUCAACGAUCGAACGGUCUUCCGCUCUGCUGCCGAGUCUACUGCCAGAAUCUCACUGCCUCUGCUACUGGCAGCACUGUAUGCCCUCCUCCGUCUGGCGUAG